AUGGCACACGCACUAAGGUCAAUGAGAGGUUACUCCUGGGGCCUCAACUCCCAUAUUAUGAAAAUGCUGAUAACAAGAGUCGUAAAUAAAAUCAUCAUGUAUGGAACUGCCAUCUGGCCGAUGCCAAUGACGGCCAGAAAAGUUCGCAAUUUCAAUUCCAUCCAGCGUCCAUUCUUAAUUAACAUCACUCGUGCAUUUAAAAUAACCUCCACCAACGCCCUACAAGUUCUAGCAGGUUUGACUCCUUUGCCACUUCAAGCUGAAAUUGAAGCACUGUAUACCAAAAUUCUUCAGCUGAAGAAAUCUGCAAGCUACGAUGAUAUCAUCUUCAAUCCACAAGACUACGAGGAUACACCCCGGAAAUACAUUAGACACCCGAGUAACUUUCUACAAAACCUGCACUGCAACCUCAACAACCCUCCACUAUCUACUAAAUUCACAGCAUAUACUGAUGGAUCGAAGAUAGAGGACAAAGUAGACUGCGGAGUCAAUAUAAAUUCCGAGACAAGUAACUACACUGAAUGGCAAAGUGUCCUCAGACACGAAAACAGCGUAUUCCAAGCUGAGCUUAGAUCCAUUGUGAAUUCUAUCAAGCUACUUCUACCAACACAUACGGACAUCAUAAAUGUGAGUACUGAUAGCCAGUCAUCUAUCUGUGCUGUCAAACAACAGUUCCCAAACUCACCAACUGUAUAUCUAAUUCAGGAUUUAAUAUUCAACAGCAACAACAAAUUUAUAAUAUCAUCGACUAGAGGUCACAGCGCUUGUGCAGGAAGUGAACGCGCUGACCUGUUAGCAAAAGACGCAGCUAUCCACCAAAUAGGCACUCUAAUCUCUAUCCCGUGGCCAAAGACAGUGUUGAAUUGCAAGCUGAAACAACUUGCAAAUGCACAGUGGCAACAUCAAUGGGACCACGGACAACAAGGAAGACGAACAUAUGAAUUCCUCCCUAAAGUAGAUGAAAACAUCACUUUUACAUCCUAUUUCCUUUCCCAGUAA